UUUCCGCCGCCUUCCAGAAGCCCGCCCUGCGCUGCCGCCUCGUAGCGAAAGCCUCGUCAAGAGCUCUCAGCCAUGGCUUCAAACAACUUUAUCUACAUCACCCCAGAAGACAUGGAGGAGGCUGCCAAGUUUUUGGAAUUGCACCAGGUACACCUAGAGACCAUUGCUAUGGACGGUAUCCCCGCAGCGAUGGAAACCAUCGAGUAUCCGGAUCUCAGCGGCAAUUGGGUCCACGGUGGCCACCACAGUUCACCUCUGAUUGCGCUGCAGCCGCUCGUGGUUAACACGAACGAAGGGGACCAGAUCAUGGUGCAGACCCAGGAGGAAGUGGUGGGCUAUGAGUCCGACGACGAGCGGGCUAAGUUCCCGGAGGUGCCGAUCCCUGCCCCUGACCUGGAGGAGGAAGACGACGUCUACUUCCAGCGGACUCUGUCUUCCCUGUCGGCCUCCGCGGCGUCGACGAGCAAGAAGAUCAGGAAGCGCAGCAGCCACGACAAAAAGCCCAAAAAGAAACGCACCGCCAAAAAGGCGGUCGCGGUCGCGGUCGGGGCGGCGGGAGGCGGCGGCUCCGGGGGAGGCGGCAGAAAGUGGGAGCAGAAGCAGGUGCAGAUCAAAACCCUGGAGGGCGAGUUCUCCGUCUCUAUGUGGUCCCCCGUUGGUGAGAGAGACCAGGUGAUUGAAAAACAGAGUCCGGUGAACUUACCGAACUUCUCUCCCAAUUAUUCAGAGUAUAUGACGGGGAAGAAGCUUCCUCCUGGAGGAAUACCUGGCAUUGACUUAUCCGAUCCCAUACAGCUGGCAGAAUUUACUAAAAUGAAGCCCAAAAAGCCCCAAGAUGACAUUCCAAGAACUGUAGCUUGCCUUCAAAGGGGCUGCGGAAAGAUGUUCCGGGAUACCGCGUCGAUGAGAAAGCAUCUGCACACCCACGGCCCUAAAGCCCACAUAUGUGCCGAAUGUGGCAAAGGUUUUGUUGAGAGCUCAAAAUUAAAACGGCAUCAACUGGUGCAUUCUGGAGAAAAGCCUUUUCAGUGCACCUUUGAAGGCUGCGGAAAAUGCUUUUCCCUGGAUUUCAAUUUGCGUACCCAUGUGCGAAUCCAUACCGGCGAUCGGCCCUAUGCCUGCCCCUUCGAGGGUUGUGAUAAGAAGUUUGCUCAGUCCACUAACCUGAAGUCUCAUAUCUUAACGCAUUCUAAGAAUAAAGAAUAGCCGGUGAAAAGGAGAAAAGCUCCUUUUUUUGAUUCCCACAUAUCUAAGGGUGAUGUUUUCAUAGAUUCGUUUAAAAAAUUAAAAGGUUCAAAAUGAUAAGAUGCCGUUGUUAAGAUGUCAUGUUUUGAUAGAGUAGUAAAAGUAGACGGUUAACGUAAAAAGUGAAAAAAGGUUAAAAUACAAGUAAGAUUACAUUGUUCUGUAGUGUCAUUUGAAAAACAUGCUGUUUUGUCAAGUUUGAUCCCAAAACAUGCUGUUUUGUCAAGUUUGAUUCAUAGACUUCACAUCAAAAGACUUUUUGUGCAACCGUGCUAAAAAUGGGACUUUUUUUAAAGUUCUGUAUUUUUCAAAUGUUCAUGUUUGUACUUUUAGGACUGUGUUUAAUAAUUAUAUGUGUGGGUUUUUUUGGAAGUCGAUAACUUUACUUACUGUAGAUUUUGUUUAUGAGAAUGAAUAGUCAUAUAUGUACGUGAAGUAUUUUCCUGUUUAAAAAUAGGUUAUAUAGGUUUUAUUUGCUAUCUUAAUUUUGGUUGUAUUCUUUGAUAUUAACGUAUUUUGCAUAACUAUCUUUUAGCUGCGUGAAUGAUGUAUAUGUAGUAUUGAAUAUUAGAUGUGGUUAAUAGUAUUAGUCAAUUUAAACCCAUUUUAGUCAAUUUAAACCUAUUUUAGUCAUUUUAUUUCUAAUAUUGCCAAGUAGAGUUUUUUAGUGUAAUUUCUUUGCUUCUUCGGUUAGAAAGCGCUGCUCAGCUGUAGUUGUAUUGUUUAUAUAAUGACUUUUUAGAUAUUUGAUAUGUACACCUUAUGUAGUAGGAAAGGCAAAAGUGAAAUACCUGUUCUAAAUAAAGGAAAAAAAAACUUGCCUGUAUAAAUACUGUAGCUAGAAAAUAGGAAGGAUGCUACUGGCAUCUGGGGAGUAGAAGCUAAACAUCCUGCAGUGCAUAAGGAAUUACCUGCCCCAAAAUGCCAAUAGUAAGAAAACCUGCUUUAGAGAAAGUAAAGUUGUUUUAGAUUCCUUUGUUGUACUUGUAAAUAUUAAUGGACAAGAGGUUGUUUAAAUAAAGGAAAUCUAUGG